GGGGGGUGAGGGAGGGAUGGAUUGGGAGUUUGGGGUUAGCAGAUGCAAACUAUUAUAUAUAGGAUGGAUAAACGACAAGGUCCUACUGUAUAGAACAGGGACCUAUAUUCAAUAUCCUGUGAUAAACCAUAAUGGAAAGGAAUAAAAAAAGCAUAUAUAUACGUGUAUAACUGAAUCACUUUGCUGUACAGCAUAAAUUAACACAUUAUAAAUCAACUAUACUUCAAUUUAAAAAAUGGGAAAAAAUCAGAGGUAGUGAUGGUGUAUUCUAGUUGGGGGAGGGUGCUGAAAAAAGCUUACUUUCCAAGUUUCCCCUACACAUUUACUCUACCUACGGACGACCGUGCUAACCAUUAAAAGAAUAUUCCAGCCUUAUUAAGUCUGGUGAUUUUCCUGAGCCUAACACCUUUUGUCUCCCAUACUGGGAACGCGAAAAGGUGAGGCUGCUUCAGGUUAAUGAUUGUGAAGGUGGAAUUUGGAUUCUGACAGUCUGGCUUUGAGGCUAGCUCACCAGCGAUGUGACCUCGGGCAAAUUACAUAACACUCCUCAUCAGGAAAACAGGGAUGAGUCAGGAGAACAUACCUUCUGGCUUGUUUUGAUGGUCAAAUGAGACAGAGUGGGCAAAACACUUUGCACGUAAAUGUUAGCUACCUUUUUAGCUUUUUUAAAGAAACUGAAAAGAACUGAGACUGCUGAACUGAGAAAGCUCUCCUUCCCUUUAUAAAAUCCAGAUAAACCUUUGAAGAAUUUAAAUAAGAGCAAAUGAGGCGGGGGUGGGAAGGCCCUAACUACCGCAAUAGGACUCUGCUGGCUCCCUCUUCGCUGCUGAAAACCAUUUUCGUAAACGCCCUCCAGGCCGCAGAUUACGCUCUCUCGGCCCACGUGGGUGGGAUGGGGCGGAGAGUGGGGGACGAAAAGCUAGCGGCCGCAUUUAGCGCCCCCGGGGGACCCGGAGCAGGGCGGCACCCUUGGCCGGGGGCGGGGGCGUGGCACGGAGGCACUGGGGCAAGAAGCGCAGAUGCUAGACUUGGGGAGGCGGCUCCCCACACCGUUCCGGGUCCCGGGUGACUAGGCGGGCCAAACGGCGCGCGGGCUCCGCCUCCAGCCUUCCCGGCUCCGCCCAGGCUCCUCCUCCUUCUCGUCCUCCAGUCCUGUCCCAGGGCGCGGGCCGCGGCCGCCGGGGUCCAAUUGAGGCCGCUCGAGUUAUGAGAGCCGCCGGUCCGAGUGCGCGCACGGCGCUGGCUCUGCUGCUGCUGGCCGGGGCCGGGGUGUCGGCCGCCGCCUCGCCUCCCGCCCCGCCUCUCUUCAAUGUGAGCCUGGACGCGGCCCCCGAGCUGCGCUGGCUGCCUGUGCUGCAGCACUUCGACCGCGACUUCUUGCGCACCGCUAUGGCGCGUAUCAUCGGGGAAAAUGUCCCCAAGUGGGUCCUCGCAUUGAUCCGAAAGGCGGUCUGGGAGCUGGAGCUCUUCCUGCCCCAGCCCUUCACCGACGAGAUCCGCGGCCAGUGCGGCGCUCUGAACUUCAGCCUGGCCGACUGCAUCCUCCUUAACCUGGCCUACGAGUCCACCGCAUUCUGCACCAGUAUUGUGGCUCAGGACUCCAAAGGCAACAUUUAUCAUGGCCGGAAUCUGGAUUACUCUUUUGGAAAUUUCUUACGCAAGUUGACAGUGGAUGUGCAGUUCAUAAAGAAUGGGCAGAUUGCCUUCUCAGGAACCACCUUUAUUGGCUAUGUAGGAUUAUGGACGGGUCAGAGUUGGCACAAGUUUACCGUUUCUGGUGACGAACGAGAUAAAGGCUGGUGGUGGGAGAAUAUGAUCGCUGCCCUUUUUCAGAGACACUCACCGGUCAGCUGGCUUAUCCGCACUACCCUGAGUGAAUCAGAAAACUUUGAAGCAGCUGUUUACAAAUUGGCCAAGACUCCCCUUAUUGCUGAUGUUUAUUACAUUGUUGGUGGCACAUCCCCCCGGGAGGGAGUGGUCAUCACAAGGAACAGAGAUGGCCCAGCAGACAUAUGGCCUCUAGAUCCUUUAAACGGAGCGUGGUUCCGAGUUGAGACAAAUUAUGACCAUUGGAAGCCAGUGCCUAAGAGAGACGACCGAAGAACACCUGCCAUCAAAGCUCUUAAUGCCACGGGACAGGCAAACCUCAGCCUGGAGACGCUCUUUCAGGUUUUGUCAGUGUUUCCAGUUUAUAACAACUACACAGUUUAUACUACGGUAAUGAGUGCUGCCAGCCCAGACAAGUACAUGACUAGGAUCAGAAACCUGAGUUAAAAGCAGAAGAGUGAAUUCACCUAUGCUAUGAAGGUUGUAAGCCUUGGAGAUCAUCUGAAAGCACUGAGCUGACAUAAUACUGUUUGGUGGAUCAUUUCUGCAGAUGUUUGACAGGCAACAGGUACAAAGUUUUAAAAUGAUUAUACAAGUCAAAACUAAAAGUAAUAUGACAAAUCCAGUUUGUAUAAUUGUCCUAAAGAUUGAAGGACCAUGGGGAAUCAGGUGAAACUUGUAAUCAGUGUACUUGUUCCCUGAUUUUAUGUAAUUGAGUUUCUCCUUCCCCAGAGAAAAUUAUCCAUGUGCAACAAGUUGUUCUUGCUGCCACCAUAUACUACCUUGUUCUGCUAGGAGUUAGCUAAGGGCAAUUUGACUGUCUAAUACCACCUUAGCUAAGGAAUUGUGGAAUUAAUUAAAGAAACCUCAGCUAAAAUUGAAGCGGAGACAGACCUGUAGGGGGAGUCCCCCGACCAGUGCAUCAUCGAUUACUCCAAACAGGAAGAGAUAUGCGCCUAUAUCUCAGACAGGAAGGUGUUGCCUACUCUCCUAUCCAGCAGGAAGAAGAAAACUCGACGUCUGAUGACAGCCCAGCCAAUCAGACUGUAGCUGCCCAACCAAUGAGAAGCCUCCAUACUUUGGACCCCUAGCCUCCUCCAGUGAACUCUUUCAGUAUUACAGUCCAUCCCAACUCCCUCUUUUCACUAUGAAAGCAAACUCCUCUUUCCUGUUUUCUGGAUUUGCCUAUGGUCUGCCAUAGUUUACAUAUCCUGAAUUGUAA